GACGCGCUCUUCCUGCGACGCCGUGCAUGUGACGUCAUAUUUUCGCGACUGGAAAACGGCAUGGCUUCCACUUGACGGAGAGGAGUCACAUGUUGAAGUUGUUCUGUACGUUUUCUAACUUUGUGGGGAUAUUAACAUGGAUGUGAGUGAGGUGAACGAGGAAAGCUUUGGAAUAGAGGUGAUUCUUCAAGACGGGGACAAAACGGCACCGUGUUGUCCACAUGGUCCAACCCUGCUAUUUGAGAAAGUCAGCAAAGGAGGUGAAACAGGCAGGAGGUUUUACGCCUGCUCAGCCUGCAGAGACAGAAAAGACUGCAAGUUUUUCCAGUGGGAGGAUGACAAGGUGUCUGAGGCCAGACAUUUGGCCAGAGAGGCGGAGAAUCAGUCAAAGAGACCUCCAUACACCCAGCAGCAGUACUGCAGCAGGUUCAAGAAGUUCUCCUCCCUCAGACUGGAUGAGAAGAAGUUCUGUCAGGACUGUCAGAUCCUCAUCCUGCCAUCGGAGCAGCAAGAUCACUCCACUCACAGAAUCACCUCGGUCUCUGUGGACAAGCUGAGGAGGCCCAGCCUGCUGCUGCGUCCUCUGGACAACAAGAAGAGCAACGCCCAGUACCUGUUCACCGACCGUAGCGCGCACUUCCUGCUGGACACGCUGGCCAGUCUGGGGUUCAGGAAGGUGCUGUGUGUGGGGACUCCAAGACUGCAGGAGCUGAUCAAGGUGAGGAACCUGGAGCAGAGUAACAAGCCCAUGAAGAGUCUGCUGCUGGACAUCGACUUCAGGUACGCUCAGUUCUACAGCCAGGAUGAAUUCUGUCACUACAACAUGUUCAACCACCACUUCUUCGACGGAGAGGCGUCCAGUGGAGUCCUGCAGUCCUUCCUCACAGAGAGCGACGGAGAGAAGGUGGUGAUGGUGGCCGACCCUCCGUUCGGGGGUCUGGUGAAGCCGUUAGCGAGCAGUUUCUCUCUGAUCUCGCAGACGUGGAGGAAGCUGCAGAGUGCCGACGACGGUAACGCCGAGUUGCCCAUGAUGUGGAUCUUCCCGUACUUCUUUGAGCCUCGCAUCCUGGAGUGCCUCCCCUCCUUUGCCAUGCUGGACUACCAGGUGGACUACGAUAACCAUCCUCUGUAUAAACACGGGAAGACAGGCAGGAAGCAGUCUCCUGUCAGGCUCUUCACUAAUAUUUCACCCAAAACCGUCGUCCUGCCCAAAGACGAAGGAUACAGAUUUUGCUCCAUGUGUCAGAGGUUCGUCUGGUCUCUAAACAGACACUGUGCUAAAUGCAACGUGUGCCCAUCAAAGGAUGGUCGAGAGUGGAAGCACUGCUCAGCGUGUGAGAAAUGUGUCAAACCAUCCUGGAGACACUGUGAGGCGUGUAGCCGCUGUGCCCUCCCGGAUCACCCCUGUGGGUCGGGUCAGGGGAAGCAGGGCUGCUUUAACUGCGGCAGCCUGGAGCACAAACGUAAAGCGUGUCCUGUCAAAGACCAGCACAGAACCAACAGUAAACGUUUCAAAGGCAAGGCUCGAGGGAAAAAAGGCCCCCAGCGUCCCGCCUUCAAACCAAAAUCUAGGAGGAAGUCUGGAGCUGCUCGCAGGGCCAAGAAGAUGGCUGCUGUGUGACCUCAGGAUUCACACUGAGUCUUUGUAGACUUUAAACACGAGCAAGAGUUUAACUUUUUAAACACA